UAACGUCGACGAGUUCCCGCGAUGCCCAUUGGUGGAUGUCUCGGGGCUGCCAACGCGCGGGCGCCGGCGCGGGCGUUCGAACCCGCGCUUGGUGGUGUUACCAUGGGGAUACGGCCUUGUCGGCGCCUCAAAAAGCUGGUGAGUUGAUAGCACGCCCGCCAACUUUGGGGCUCUCUCUCGUCGGCAUUGUCUUCUGCCCUCAGAGUUGACCGAGGGGGAACUUGGAAGCUACCGAGAAUUUAUAGAAACUCAUUCACAAAAAUGACAUCCUGGUUGUAUGAAUGUCUUUGUGAAGCUGAACUUGCACAGUAUUAUCCUCAUUUUACUGCUCUUGGCCUUCGAAAAAUAGAUGAAUUAGCCAACGUUACAAUGAAAGACUACUCUAAAUUGGGAGUCCGUGACAUGAACGACCGCAAACGUCUCUUCCAACUUAUCAAAAUAAUUAAAAUUAUGCAGGAAGAAGAUAAAGAAGUCGGUAGCCCAGAGCAUCCUCUUCAGACAAACCGCCUGUGCAGUAAGCCUUGGGAAUCCAGAUCUGGCCCUCGCCGGCAACUGCAUUUUGAUUCUCCUGCUGACGACAAAGACAGAACUACCAACAACAAUGGGUUUGAAAUGUGCAGUUUAUCAGAUUUUUCUGUAAAUGAACAGAAGUCUAGUUACCUAAAAGUGCUGGAACACAUACUGCCGGAUGAUUCCCAUUACCAUACAAAAACAAGAAUUCUGAAUGCUACAGCUGCUGGUUCCUAUGUGCAAACAGAAACUAACACUUCACUCUUUUCAUCAAAUCACUUUUCUCCAAUCCUGGGGGAUUAUGAUAUUCCCAUUAUUCAAAGAAUCUCUCAUGUUUCAGGGUAUAACUAUGGAAUCCCUCGUUCUUGUAGCAGACAGAACACCUCAGAGAAAGAGAAUCCUUGGACUGAGAUGGAGAAAAUUAGAGUUUGUGUUCGAAAACGCCCUUUGGGCAUGAGGGAGGUACGUCGUGGAGAAAUUAAUAUUGUUACUGUAAAAGACAAAGAAACGCUACUUGUUCAUGAAAAGAAAGAAGCAGUUGACCUUACACAAUAUAUUCUGCAGCAUGUUUUUUAUUUUGAUGAAGUCUUUGGUGAAGCAUGCACCAAUCGGGAUGUAUACAUGAAGACUACUCACCCACUCAUUCAGCAUAUUUUCAAUGGAGGCAAUGCCACUUGCUUUGCAUAUGGACAGACAGGUGCCGGGAAGACCUACACCAUGAUAGGAACUCAUCAGAACCCAGGACUCUAUGCUCUGGCUGCCAAAGAUAUCUUCAGGCAACUAGAAGUAUCCCAGCCAAGAAGGCACCUCUUCGUGUGGAUCAGCUUCUAUGAAAUCUACUGUGGACAGCUUUAUGACCUCUUAAAUAGAAGAAAAAGGCUCUUUGCAAGAGAAGAUAGCAAGCACGUGGUACAGAUAGUGGGACUGCAAGAGCUUCAGGUGGAUAGUGUGGAGCUCCUCUUAGAGGUGAUUCUGAAGGGCAGCAAAGAGCGCAGCACCGGGGCCACUGGAGUUAAUGCAGACUCCUCCCGCUCCCAUGCUAUCAUUCAAAUUCAGAUCAAAGAUUCAGCCAAGAGGACAUUUGGCAGGAUCUCUUUUAUUGACUUGGCUGGCAGUGAAAGAGCAGCAGAUGCCAGAGACUCAGAUAGACAGACAAAGAUGGAAGGCGCAGAAAUAAACCAGAGUCUUCUGGCUCUGAAGGAAUGUAUCCGAGCACUGGAUCAGGAACACACCCACACUCCUUUCAGGCAAAGCAAAUUAACUCAGGUCCUGAGGGAUUCUUUCAUUGGUGAUGCCAAAACAUGCAUGAUUGCCAACAUCUCACCAAGCCAUGUGGCCACCGAACAUACUCUGAAUACCUUGCGUUACGCUGACCGGGUCAAAGAACUAAAGAAAGGCAUUAAAUGUUGUGCUUCAGCUACCAGUCAAAAUCGGACCUCUGGAAAUUCUUCUCCAAAACGAAUUCAGAGCUCCCCUAUGGCCCUGCCAGGGGACAAGUGUUCUCCCAAAAAGGUCAAGCUGGGACUUCAGCAGACAUUCACAGCAUCUCCUGGUUCUAUGAGAGGGAAAGCCCAUCCUCUGGCCAGCCACCCACCCAACAUCCCUUUUGCUCCUGUACCUAAAGUUCCCGGUAAAAGGGGUGGAUCCAGAAGGAGUCUUCCCCAAGAGUGGGGCAUUCAAACUAGCCCUCCCAGAGGAGCUACACGGUCUGGACAUUUAGCCAGAAAAAGGGCAGAAGAGUCUGUGUCAUUAUGCUCUGAGAAAAAUCAAAUGGGCAACAAAACUGCCCACAGGUGGGAAAGCAGGGCCCCUGGCCCAAGAGAAGCCCCAGCACAUGGUAAGCUGCCCUCCAAGUGCAAGCCAGGACAGACUGUGCGGCCUGUGCAGAAGCAGCUAGUGUCACCGGCCGAGCUCUCUUCUGGCAGGCCCCAGCACUCAGCAGAACACAAUCAGGGCAGCCAGGGGAGCACAUCUGCCAGGUCUGCCUCUGAAACUUGGACAAACAUCCCUUCACAUCAAAAGGAGAGGGAGGAACACUUGCGCUUUUAUCACCAGCAGUUCCAGCAGCCACCUCUCCUCCAGCAAAAGUUAAAGUACCAACCACUGGAACGGUUUUUAUGCCAGUACAGGCCCCUAGAGGGGCAGCUCCAGAUUGAGACCCCUCCUCCCUUCUGCUCUCAUUCUGAGAGCCAGGAUGGAGCCCAAGCCGAGGACCUCGAUGACAGCGAUUUCAGUGAAGAUUCUUUUUCACAUGUCUCCAGUCAGAGGACCACAGAGCAGAGAAGCACCCUAGAGGAUAGCGAAGGCUCAUUCUUCCUUCAUCAGAGGGAGCAAGGCCCUGAGGAGCAGGUGGCCGAAAGGCAGCAGAGUCUGCUUUUUAACCCCAGGACAGAUGGUGAUGAAAAGGGCCUAACUGGAAACUGGAUGUACUCCAGGGACCCCACAAACCAUAGAAGAGCAGCACUCAGUCAUGGCCUCAGCCCAAGUAAGGUGCCCUUGGACUGGAGCAGAGAGGAGGAAUCUACCUCCUUGGGUCUUUCUCCCAGAGACAACUUGGCAGAGAAGCCUUACUGCUCACAGAUAGACUUUGUACAUGGCCAAAAAAGAGACGGUGGCCCAGCCUCUGAUCUCAGACAGAAUACUUUCAGAAGUGAGGUUCCUGAGCAGGCUGAGGUUAGUUCACUAUCCCCAGAGGAAGAUGGCUUCCCUUUGUCACUAUCCCAUGGUGCAGUUCAAGGAGCUGGAGACCAAAGAAAUACGGUCAGCACACCUCUUAGAGAAGAUGGACAAGACAGCCCAACUCUGGUGACCAAAACACUAAAAAACGGUUACCCUUACCAAGAAGACCAUAGAGGGGAAUCAGGCACGUGCUCUGAAUGUGCUUCUGGACUGAUGGCUCCCCUCACUGUGUCCCUCCUAGAGAACACAGACGAUGAGGGCCCUCUUCCCUCGGAGCAGCUGGCCCAGGAUGAGACUGCUCACAGUCUAGAAGCAACAGAGGGCCCACCUAUGGGCCACACAAUGUCAUCUGAUGAUCAAAAGGCACUCCUACCAGUGUCUUUGGCAACUGGGCACUUGUGGCUCUCAUCAUCUCCCCCUGACAAUAAGCCUGGUGGCAGUCUUCCAGCUCUGUCUCCAUCACCCAUCCGUCAGCACCCACCUGACAAGCUGCCCUUCAGUGAGGCUGACCUAGAGGAGGUCAGCCAGAGCAGAGAGACUGCACACUCCUCCCAAGAACAGAUGGGUAGCCAGCAGUAUGAUGCUGAUGCUGAGGCAACAGAGCUGAGCAGUUUCCAGGAGUUCCCAGGAAAGCCCUUCACCAUACAUACUGGAGGACCCCACCCUGCAACUAUACUCACCCCACAAACAGAAAGUAAUGAUAUGGCUGACCAGCCGUGGGCCCAGGAAAGAAAACAUCCAACAGGACUUGGUUGGCAGGAGCUAGUAAGUUUGUCCAGAGAUCCCAUCAAGUUGCCCUGCUACAACAGGGACAUCAUGUGGCUCAAAUACAGGCCAAUCCCAAGGUGCUUAGCAAGGCCAGGCUCUCCCUUGGUCCCUGGCUGCUCUCCAAAGACUACAGGGACACUCCAUCAGCUCACCCUGGGUCAUGCACAGCAGGUGGUCAUCCAAGCACACCAGGAACAGCUGGAUAGAAUGGCAGAACUGGGCUUCAAGGAGGAGACCCUGCUGAGCCAGCUGGCUCUUAAUGAUUUUGAAGAUUUUGUGACCCAGCUGGAUGAAAUCCUGGCUCUGAAAUCCAAGUGCAUCCAGAGUCUGAGGAGCCAGCUUCAGCUGUACCUGACCUGCCACAGGCCGACCACAGUCCCUGAGAGGACAGUGGUGUCUUAGAACAAGAUCUAGUAUGAGGUGAUGGGGGCAGCUCAGAAACUUGUACUGAAUUCCCAGGCGCUGGCGGGUCCUUCCUACAAAUCCUAGAACCCACUCCGCAGUCCUGCCUACUAGCCUCUCUCCCCACCCCAGCCACACAUGGCCUUGACUAGGCCCCAGCACAAUUCCAAGCACAGGAACAUCUGGAAGGAAGGACAGAGCAGGCUAAAAAAACUUAAUAUGCCCCUUCUAAACCCUUAAUAUGGGGCUAGAAGAGUAUUUUGUCUGGGUGGGGGAAACACACUUGGGUCUGAUAACCUUGUGGAUGUGUCUAAAUUUGAGGAUCAAAGAAUGGGGUGGGUCAGUGGUAACCUAGAGGUCAGAGGUAACAAGCUGGGGAAGAAAACGUGAACUAAACAAAAACAAACAAACAAAAAAAAACGUGAACUCAGGGGCUUUGUUAGCUGAAUACUAUUCUUCAAGACUUGGCCAAAAACUAGUAAAACACUUGAGGCAGAGCUCACCCUACCCCAUUAGCUCCUGGAGACUGGUGGGACAGGCUUCGUGUCCCCAGUUCCCCUCCCUUCCUGCAAUUCAGACACAGAAGAGAGUGCUCACAUCACUGCAUUACUCUCUUAAUAGCACUCAUGCUCCUGUAGCAGUUCCUGGCUCACCUGCCACGCCCUUUCGUGGCAAAGGUGAAGAAGUGGAGGAUCUUGUGCAGGUCUAUCUCCUCACCUUACCUUUUAUCCAGCAUCAUCCUGGUUGUGCAGUCCCUCUCAAGGGCCUGUGUUCAGUAGUAUCUUGGCACGGAGUGCUCUAGUCAACAGUCCAAGACUCUGAGGUUGCAUUUUUAUACACACACCCCUUCAACAUGAGUUCUGCCUGCUGUAUAUCUUCAUCGGGAAGCUCAAGACAAAUACAAAGUGGUCUGUCACUUGCUAGGGCCACUUUGGGUCAGAUAAGAUGCAUAUGUCACAGCCUUGGCCCUGAUGCCCACUGUAAUGUGUGAAGCUUCAGUUUCUUACAGGGAAAGGAUACCUUUUUAAGGUUUUAAAAAGAGGGCUUAAUUAAAAAGGUACGAGAAGGGCCAACUGGCUUUCUCAGCCUGCCAAUCCUGCCACCCUUUGCCUGAUCUGAGCACUAGAGGGCGGCCUUUUCCCAGUUUCCUGGCCCAAAAGUUCUGCAUUCUCCUUAUCGGAUCACUAGAAUUAGAGACCCACUCCCAGCCAAGAGCACAAGAGGGACUGUGGGAUGGCAUUAAGCAUAAGGACAAGAAACUUCAGGGAGGACUCUGGACUUUAGUUCUCAGCUACAGCAGCAGCACUGAGAGCUAGUGAAGCAGUCUGAAUCCAGCCCUGACUGUGGCACACAGCACAUAAAUGCCUGAUGGGUCUCAUGGGAAAAGGGACUUCCUCAUUUCUGAAUGAUUGCCCCAAAGGCCCAGCCUGUUUCACCUCCACAGUUAGUCUGGCAGGAAGGCUUGUCCUUGGUUCCAGAGACUGAGUUAGGUCAAGUUUUUAACAGAUCCUCAUUUGGGCCUGCUCUGCAAACCAAAAGCCAGGGCUGACUGCAGGGCCAGCUCCUGGGUCCCACUGACCUAAGAGUGAGAAGAAAGUACUAAAAAGACAGAAAAUGGUUAGUACCUGUUUUCAUCCCCAGCAAAUGGAAGCAGGAAUUCCUUCCCCACCCACCCCACCCCCUCAAUAAAAUAGCACUUGGCAAUAAAAUUAUCACAGCAGGACAUACCUUUUAGAUUUUUAUUAGUAGUUUUCUGAAGAAUCAAAAUAGUUAGCAAAUUACUUUAGAUUCAUCAAGACUGUAUAUCCUUUGUAUUUAGAUCUUUAAUGAUGUACAACAGAAUAUAAAACAAAUGAAAGAGACUGAUUUCUA